AUGUGGAGUGCAGGAUGCAUGGAGCAGUGGACGCCGACGGUGGCGAUGGUGGCGACGAACGUCGUGAUCGCCGUCAUGACCGCGCUGCUCAAGCAGGCGCUGAGCCAGGGGAUGAACCGGCUGGUCCUCAUCACUUUCAGGCAGAUGCUGGCCACUGUAUUCCUCGGCCCCAUUGCCUACUUCAAGGAAAGGAAGACAAGACCAAAGAUCACUGCUGAAAUCUUUGCGUACCUGUUCCUUAGUGGAAUCCUCGGCCCGGUGCUGCUUCAGUACACGCUCUUCGUCGGGCUGGAGUACACGACCGCAACGUUUGCUGCGACCUUCGGCAAUCUGCUCCCGGUGGUUACCUUCCUGAUAUCACUCGCUUUCGGGUAUGAGACGCUGGAGGUUCGGAGCAAGUCCGGGAGCGCCAAGAUCUGCGGCACGCUGCUGUCCCUCACGGGGGCCAUGACGCUCACCUUCUACAAGGGCGCGUCCCUUACCCACCACCUCCACCACCACCUGCCUCCGGCGGCAGCGGCGGCGGCGGCGGCGGCCGGCGUCGAGGAGCAGCACCGGAGCGCGGCGCGGUGGGUGCUGGGGUCGGCGUCGAUGCUGGCGAACGUGGUGGGGUUCGCGGGGUGGCUGCUGCUGCAGCGGCGGCUCACGCGGCUGUACCCGGCCGUGUACUCGGCCACGGCGCUCAUGUCGCUGCUCAGCUUCGCGCAGGCGGCGGCGCUGGCGCUAUCCACCCAGUGGGGCGCCGGCGCCGCCGCCUGGCGGCUCCGCGGCACCGUCGAGAUCGCCGCCGUCGUCUACUGCGGGGUGGUGGCGUCCGGGGUCGGGUACCUGCUGCUGACCUACUGCGUGGAGAAGCGGGGGCCGGUGUUCACCGCCGCCUUCAGCCCGCUGGCGCAGAUGUUCGUCGCCGGCAUCGACCUCUGCGUCCUCCACGAGCCCCUCUACCUCGGCAGCGUGCUGGGGUCUGUGCUGGUGAUCCUGGGCCUCUACCUCGUGCUGUGGGGCAAGAGGGAGGAAGCCGCCGUCGCCGCCGCCGCCACCGCCGCUCCGGCGAAGACGGUCGAAGCAGCAGCAGCUGGCCACGGAGACGUGGCAGAGCAGCAGGAGAGAGUGUGA